AUGAGGAAGGAUAAUUUUCCACUUCCACUCCUUGACCAAAUGCCUGAUAGGUUGGCCGGCCGUGCUUUCUAUUGCUUUCUAGAUGGAUAUUCGGGAUACAACCAAAUCCUUAUUGCUCUGGAGGAUCAAGAGAAAACAACUUUUACAUGUCCCUAUAGUACUUUGGCUUUCAAGCGGAUGCCAUUUGGUUUAUGUAAUGCACCGGCGCAUUUUCAAUGGUGUAUGAUGGUGAUCUUUACGGACAUGGUAGAGGACUACCUUAAAGUCUUCAUGGAUGACUUCUCGGUGGUCGGGGAUUCUUUUAAUGAUCGCUUGUGA